AUGGAGGUCGCAUCAUCAUCAUCGUCAGCUCACGGGCAACAAGCUUUGUCCUCCGUAAGCAUAGGUACCCUUUCCAAACCCACAUCCCCUUGUCAAAUUCACUUGCCUCUUAAGAAACCCACCAUCCUCCAACAACUCCACCACCGUCCCCACUUACCACCGCCACCGUCUAUCAUCUCACCACCCAACAAGAAGAAUAACACCACCACCACCACCACCACCACCAAUAAUAAUCAUCUCACUGACGUUUUGCGUCUGAUGGACGGCCUUGGCCUUCCGAUACCCGUGGACAUUUAUACUAGUCUCGUCAAAGAAUGCACGGAAACCCGGGACCCUGCCGGAGCUUUGGCGUUGGUCGCCCACAUCAAUAAGAGCGGUAUCCGACCUGGGUUGCACUUCUUGAACCGUAUCUUGUUGAUGUAUGUUGCCUGUGGGCUAAUUGAGAAUGCCCACCGACUGUUUGGUAAAAUGCCCGUUAAGGAUUGUAAUUCGUGGGCUGCUAUGGUUGCUGGGUACAUUGACAACGACAAGUAUGAAGAAGGAAUUUGUUUGUUUGUCGAAAUGAUGCGCAAUCACCAAAACGAACGGAGGAACGCUAAUAUUCUUGGGUUCCCUUAUUCUUGGAUAGUUGUGUGCAUUUUGAAGGCUUGUGUCCACACGAAGAAUUUGGGACUUGGGAAGCAAAUUCACGGUUGGUUGACGAAGAUUGGGUAUUCGAGUGAUUUGUUUCUGAGUAGUUCGUUGAUGAAUUUAUAUGGGAAAUUGGGAGGUAUUGAAGGAGUGGACUGUGUAUUUGAUCGCAUGCCUUGUCGUGGCAACACUGUGGUUUGGACGGCUAAAAUUGUUAAUCUUUGUCGGGGAAUGAAUUUUGAUGAAGUGCUUAAUGUGUUUAAUGAGAUGGGAAGGGAAGGAGUGAAGAAGAAUGAGUAUACGUUUUCUAGCGUCUUGAGAGCAUGUGGGAGGAUGGAGGACGAUGGGAAGUGUGGUGAGAAGGUUCAUGCUAGCGUGAUCAAACUGGGAUUGGAAUCGAAUGAUUACGUGCAAUGUGGGUUGGUUGACAUGUAUUCAAAACGUGGGUUGCUAUGGAAUGCAAGAACAGUGUUUGAGACGGUUGGAGGGCAGAGAACUGAUGCUUGUUGGAAUGCCAUGCUCACGGGUUACAUACAACACGGAGAUUGCAUUGAGGCCAUCAAAGUUCUUUACGCGAUGAAGUCAGCUGGAUUGCAGCCUAAGGAAUCAAUACUCAAUGAAGUCAUGUUUACUUGUGGGAGUAGAAAUCUUGAGAACCAGAUAGAGGGAUUGUAG